CGAAAGCAAGUCCGCUAAAGUAGCAUAGCAGCUGUGCUGACAUUGAGAGUGAUAACGGUGGAUAGCCCAGUCUCAUAAUUCCAGCUCGUCCAGUCCAACGGUGGGAAGUAUCAAGUACUUCACAAUAGAUCCCCAGCAUGGUGACAGGAAAGCGGCUCGCAGACAUCGGCUAUCGGGCAUUUUCUGCCUCGAUGAUGCUGCUGACGGUGUACGGGGGCUACCUGUGUGCAAUGCGAGGGUACCGCUACAUGGAGAGGCAGAAGCAGCUGAAGCUGGCAGCAGAGAACCAGGAUCCUGAAGUCAUCAAAGACUGACAAAAGCUCUUUUUGCACACAUGUGGACAUUUCUCAUUCCUCCUCGUCUUUGUCCAGCAGUGAAUCGUGAUGUUUAUUCUUCAGAGGACACUUGUGUGAUUCCAGCAAGGGCACGGCCCCCCUUAUAAAGACGAGGAUUUGUUUAUAAAGCUCCCAGAAAAUUAACCACGAGCAUAUUUGCAUCACUGGCUUCUGUCAAAUUCAUUCUGAGCUGCACUAUUUCAGGAAUAAGAUGUAAUUGUUUGUAUUAUAUGACAUUAAAUGCAUU